CCUGCUCUCUAUCUUCCGACGGAGCUGGCAUACGUUCAGUUCCCUUUCUACGCACACACGCGUCGUACAACCCCACCAAAGGAUACCAGCAACGAUACUUGGGAUGCGGUGUGACGGGGCGAUGUCAACGUGAUUCGACUUCACACGCUGAAAAUAAAUAAUAAAAAGGGAAGACAAUGGAAGCACUAGACAACCCGUCGUAUUUUCGUUUGGGAAAUGACGCCGAAGAAUUAUGCCAGGGAGGCCCGAGGGCUAUCGACAUGGCACCAGAAGAGCGAAAGUGGAUGAGGCGAUCCAGCGACCAUGAGAGGGUCGUACUCGGAAGAGGCACAGCGGCUUACUACAACGUCUCUCAGAACAACACAAACCACAGAAGACACAGUUUCGCAUCUUCCAGCCUCCAAAGAACCCAUUCAGUUACAUCCAGAUCGUCAGUAGAUUCAGAAAGCACACUGCGGAGGGCUUUAAAAUCAUCAAUGUCAGGUUCAGGAAAGAGUGGGAUGAUGGAUAUAACAAUCCUGAGCAGCAGGGAGAGCAAUGGGGCUACCCUGUGGGUGAACUACCUCACGACUUGCUUCCAGCAGAUUUCCAGGGAACAACAAAAGCCCCCAUUCAAGUUGGCAAAAGUCUGUGUCGAAGAUGUACUAGGUGGUUUGCCCGUCGAAGGAUCAUCCGGUUCCCGUCUUCAGAUUGUAAUCGUGUGCCCUACAUUUUUGGACGCUCUUACUUCAAGCACAGGCGUUCCGAUUCUUGCGUCUUUGCUCCAACCAGCUUCAGUAUUAGCCAUGCUUUUGGGUGUUACGUCAAAGAACCUAGAUUGUCAUCCGCUGACCAGUUUGUUUCGAUUCGAACAAUGGAGGAAACAAGAAGUAAAAGACCAAAAUCCUACAUUUGUCGGCGAUUUCUUAGGCAUCGCUAUGGACAUUCUGAGCAGGUCUUGGCAGCUUCAGCAAGCGAUAGCCCAGAUGAAAGUCGACAAUAACCGAGCCCACUUUUCAAUAAUACCGAAAAAGAUUAAAGUGGGGCAAAACAAACUCUUGAUUCUUCUCAACGACCCCAUUAGCUCCAAUGAUAAGAUAACAAUAAGCAUUGAAAAAAGCGGGACCAAGAUAGACGUCCCUUCUGUCAAAAGAAGGAACCCUUACACUCUUCAAUUUGCCAUGCCAAGUUCGUGUUUGCAGACAUCUAUGCUUGUUGCUGUUAAUGUUGAAAGAAAUGGAAGAUCUCUUGGCCACAAGCUCGUAAAGUGUGAAAGUAGGCUGCGUGAGCUUGACCAACUGUUGAAAUCCGCAGACAACCCUUUGGUCUUCAUGUGUCAGGCUUUGGGUUUGACUUCUGGAGACAAAGACCACUUGGACGCAUUUCUGGUCGCGACAUUUCAAAAAAACAUGCCCCCUAAUUUCAAUCUAUUGAAUGCAACUACAGGAAGGGAUUUAACAAGCAAUGAGGAGUAUCCAACACUACUGCAUUUUGCAGCAAGAUACGGUUUGGAAAAGCUAUGCUGGCAGCUUCUCGAAUGUCCCGGUGGGGAGCUUGCAUGUCAGCUGAAGAAUGCCGGACAGCAGACUCCUGCUGAAUUGGCAGAUAAGUCAGGACACCAGAAGUUAGCACAUGCUCUUCAGGGUUAUCUGCAAAUGACAGAACUAUCUAGCAUGUAUAGCUAUUUAAAAGGAGUUUCAGAAAAACAAGAUGAACAAAAGUUUGAAGAUGGAAAUUAUUUGAUGCCAAGACCUUUAAGUGACACAUACUUGAUCCCACCAAAAGCACGCCCAGUUUUACCAAAUUUACCUAUUCAGGAGAAUUAUAGCUUAUCUUCAUCGCCGAAAGAUGUGUUUCUUUCCUCACCUAAAGAACUUUUUGCACCUAAAGAAGCAUAUCAAGUCCCACCUUCACCGAGUGAAGUUUUUCAAAUACCAAAAUCACCGAAAGAGUACUAUCAGAUGCCUCCUUCUCCUAAGGAAUUCUUCCCAGUACCGGAAUCUCCACUUGAAAAUUAUCAGUCGCCGCCAAUGGCAAGACCAUUUACACCAAUAACUCCAUCUACGCCUUCUUCACCUCUUGACGGCCCUAAAUUUUCAGCAUAUCUUCAAAUGCACUCUCCAGUAUCACAAAAUUUUGACCAAAUUUUGGGACCAGAAAAAAAAUACGCCUCAGUUAACACUGGAACUGAUAAUUUAUCAAUAGCAAGUAGCGGACAUAACUACGUAAACACUAGCAGUUCCACCAGUAUUUGUAGUAAAACACCUGAAGACGAGCUAGUCGAGAUCAUCAACGAUUUUAAAAACAACGUCUUCACUAUUGGCGAGGUCGAGAAACUUGUCGAGGCCUGGCGAAAUAGAAACGACGUCCAGCAGUCGUUUAGGGAGAAGCAAGAACAGCUGGCUCAAAUGAGGCAAGAAUAUGAAAGGAUUCAGCAGCAAAUGAAAGAUCAAAUGAAACGUGCAACACCUUUUGAGAGAAUCAAAAAAUUUUUUUCUAGAAAAUCCAAACAUGAUGUAUCUUGUAAAGGACGGAAUCCUGCAGAUCCAAAUUCACCUCACAGGCCCGUUUCUAGUCUUAGCUUGCACAGUUCCUGCAGUUCUUCAUCAUGUGGAAGAAUGAGUACAUCCAGUGGCACAAGCCUAGGAGAUUCAGGUACACAUUCUGAUCCCGAUGAAAAGAAGGCAGAGAUAAUGGCUGCUGAUAAAAUAUUUUCUUGUCCGGACACCGUUUUCCAUGAGAGGUUGGCAUCUGUGAAGGAAAACGAGGCUUCAAAUUACUGUCAUGAUGAAUAUGUGUGUGCUAGUCCAGCAGUCUUUCCUCUGAAGGCUGCUCUUCCUAAACCACCGAUUACUGGAAGAACUAUAGUCGAGGUACAUAGAAGUGAUGAAUCUAUUCAAGAAGAAGAAAAGGAAAAUGAUAAAAAAGAGAUAAACUACAUCAACACUAAUGGAGAAAAAACUGCUCAAACGGAAGAAACUAGCAGUGAAGAAAUGAAAUAUUUAGAACAGAGUGAAAAAUUGUUGAAAGACAUGGCAAACGGGCUAACUCAUUAUGAAGAAGACGAUGUACUCUCUCCACCAGAAUCGGCUUUUUUGCAAGACGGUGAAACCCAAGCUGAAGCUCAAGAAUCGGAUAUAAGUGAUGUCCAGGUCGAUGAAGAUGCUUCAGGCCAAGUGCAAGAGCCCGAAGGUAAACAUCCCGCACAGGAAGACAACCGAGAAAAUAUUGAAGAUGUCAAAGUUGAAGAAAGGCUAGAAGAAGAAUCCAAAGAAGGAAAGAACAUAGAAGUCAAAGAAGAAAAUGAAACCAAAGAUGACAAAAAGACGGAAAACGAUGAAUGCUCGUUACCAACUCAAAAUGGCGAACAAAACUUUAGCGAAAAUGUUACCGAAGAGAUUAAGUCUAUUGAAGCUGUAACCAAAGAAAUUGACGACGAUACUUUCUCCCGAGAGUACAUCAAUGUCAGUCAUACGGCUGUAACCAAAGAAAUAUUCAGCAUUGAAAGCGAUCAUUUACAAUCCUAUGUAAACGUAUCGUUCCCUUCUCCUCCGAUACCCCCUAGGAUAAAGUACAAAAACAUAUUACUUUAAGAUUGUACAUUUCUUGAAACUUCUGUAAAUAUUUCUGAUAAAUUAUUUAUUUGUAAAUUUAA